AUGAUUGGGAGGGAUUGGAACACCUGAAUCCCAUGAUAUGGAGGGAUUGGAACACCUGAAUCCAAGGAUUUGGAGGGGAUUGGAACACCUGAAUCCCAUGAUAUGGAGGGGAUUGGAACACCUGAAUCCCAUGAUAUGGAGGGGAUUGGAACACCUGAAUCCAAGGAUUUGGAGGGGAUUGGAACAUCUGAAUCCCAUGAUAUGGAGGGGAUUGGAACACCUGAAUCCAAGGAUUUGGAGGGGAUUGGAACACCUGAAUCACAUGAUUGGAGGGGAUUGGAACACCUGAAUCCCAUGAUAUGGAGGGGAUUGGAACACCUGAAUCACAUGAUUGGAGGGGAUUGAAACACCUGAAUCACAUGAUAUGGAGGGGGUUGGAACACCUGAAUCACAUGAUUUGGAGGGGAUUGGAACACCUGAAUCACAUGAUAUGGAGGGGAUUGGAACACCUGAAUCCAAGAAUUUGGAGGGGAUUGGAACACCUGAAUCCCAUGAUAUGGAGGGGAUUGGAACACCUGAAUCCAUGAUAUGGAGGG